AUGACACUCUUUUCGUUUUCAGUAUUCGCGUAUCAAUUGGUCUUAUCGAAUAAAAAUGGGUCAUUACCAGGGGAUGUCAAAAGUCCAUGUGUUGAGUGUCCGCAUCCACCAACAGAGUGCGAUUUACCGUGUAACAGUAUUAAGAAAAGAAGCUCUGUCUGUAUUAUAACUCAACGAACUUGUACUAAAUGUCCAAAGAAAACUUGUAAACCCGCUAAUGAUCCAGGCAAGUUUUCCAUUUUCAUUUGUGUAAAUUGUUUCACGUAUCCGAUAUGUUCGCCAUGUGCAAAAGAUGAACGAUGUUGGAUCGAUAAGCCGAAUUGUUAUAACUGUGGGUCAUCUCAUUGUAUUAAACCACCUUUAAAAACUCCAAAACCUUCAAAAUGUCCAAAAGAUUAUAAACGUUUAGAAAUUCCUCGAUCAUGUUUUAUUUGUGCUCAGGUUGUUUGUGUGCCUAAACAUUAUUAUCUGCCCGAUAAACCUCAUUCAUUUAAAGAUAGUGAUUUUCCGUGA